AUGUCCGCGGACGAAGAUAACGAGUUGCGUGAUCUAGUUGCCCAGACGCUGGAGGCAAACGGAACUCUAGGAAAACUCAGGGCUGAACUGAGGGCAAGUGUUUUUCUAGCCCUUGAAGAUCAAGAGAAGGUACAGAAUAAGACUUCAUUCUUGAACAAAGAAGUGAGAAGUUUCCUGGCUACAAGAGAGGGAAAGUUGACAGCCAGUCUGGUGCAGGAAUUUCUGGAAUUCUUUAGCUUGGAGUUUACUUUGGCUGUGUUCAAACCAGAAACUGGCCUGAAUGAGCAAGUAAAACGAACUGACCUGCUAAAGGAGUGCAACAUUCCACCUUCAAAUGCAUCCCCAGACGCACCAUUGCUGACCUGCCUUCUUACUCAGAGCAGAACUGCUGCCAGCACUUCAGGAUCCGGUGAUGGAGUGCAGAUUGCCAAGGAUCUGUCAGAAAAACAGAUUUCGGAUGCCAGGGACAAAUUUGAAAUGUAUGAUAAGGACAACAGCGGCAACAUUGAUAAAGAUGAGCUGAGGCAAUUGUUCCUGGACAUGUUCCCAAGCUUCAACCGCAAUAUGCUGGAGCGCUAUGUCAAUGAUGAGUUCAAUGCAGCAGACAGAAACUUCAGCAGUUCCAUGUAUUCUUUGACACCACGAGCGAUUGACUUCACUGAAUUUUUGGGCAUGUACAAGCGGCUGUUCUUGUUGUGUCGAACCGUUGUUGCCAGUGAUGUCGAAGAUAUUAUCUCCCCCGGCAGCAGACAAGAUUUGAAGAAAGUACAACAUGGGACACAACAGCAAACCUCACUGGUAGUGACUUCAACUCCAAACACAGCAAAGCCAGCCUUUCAGAACAACACUGUGUCUACACUGGGCAGCAGUCCUGCUGGAGAUGACUUUGGCAGUGACCCUGAGGAAGAUCCUUUCUUUGAUGAUAUACCUGCUCCAGAAGUCCGCUUCAACACUCUGUCCAGUUUUAUCACUGAGCGGUCCAAGCCUUCAUUUUUAAG